AUGUCGGCGGCUUCGUCUCAGGAACUUCAGUGGCUCCUCACCAGGAAGACCUCUUCCUACAUCGUCAAGCAGAAGGGUCUCCCUCGCUUCUUCACCCGCGAGCCCCUCAACCUGAAGCAGAUCCACAGCCCCAAGCACUCCGGCAACGUCUGCAAGAAGGCUGUCGGCAUCGCCCCCGCCGCCAACGGCAAGGGUGUCGUCGUCACCACCAAGAAGACCAAGGCUUCCCCCUUCUCGGUCAAGGGCUCGCGGGCCUCGACCACCAUCAAGGGCACUGGUAACCGCCGUGUCUCUGGUGCCGUUGCCAACAUCGUUGGCAAGCGCGGCUACCGCAACGACCUCGCCAAGCUCGCUGUUGCCCGCGCCUCGGCCAUCCUCCUUGCCCAGCGCGGCAGCCGCAAGGCUCCCCUCCCCAAGAAGGUCCGUGGCACCGGUGCCAACAAGGUCCUCAUUGAGAAGUCCGACGAGUAA